UGUGACACCAGCUGCAUACUUCCGGUACUGAAUGUUAAAAAAAAGUUGGAGGAAAAUCUCAACAGAAGUUUGCCCGCGUCUUAUUAAAGUUCUGUGACGGGUGCCACGCCGACAAACACGACACUUUAGUGGGCCUUCGUUGGGGAAAGUGGGAGUUUAUUUUUUAUUUUAAUUCAAAUUUUUGUGGGAUAAGGAGUGGACAAAGUUUGGAAGAUGUCGACGACAGCGUUGUACAACGACCAAGGUGGAGGAGCGGAGACUGCGGUGGAGGCUGGCCAGGAGAGCACGGCCACGGCGGGGGCCGGGGCCGCCUUCGGACUCUUCAGCGCUGACUUUAAAAAGAAUGAAGACCUUAAAGAAAUGCUGGAGAGCAACAAGGAGUCGCUCAAACUGGAGGCCAUGAAGAGAGUCGUCGGGCUGAUUGCCAAAGGAAAAAAUGCGUCGGAGCUGUUUCCCGCCGUGGUGAAGAACGUGGCGAGUAAGAAUAUCGAGCUGAAGAAGCUGGUCUACGUGUAUUUGGUGAGAUACGCGGAAGAGCAGCAGGACCUCGCCCUGCUUUCCAUCAGCACCUUCCAGCGAGCCCUCAAGGACCCAAACCAACUGAUCCGGGCCAGCGCGCUGAGGGUUUUGUCCAGCAUCCGCGUCCCCAUCAUCGUCCCCAUCAUGAUGCUGGCCAUUAAGGAGGCGGCGGCCGACCUGUCGCCUUACGUCAGGAAGACGUCUGCCCACGCCAUCCAGAAGCUUUACAGCCUCGAUCCCGAGCAGAAGGAGCAUUUGAUUGAAGUGAUCGAGAAGCUCCUGAAGGACAAAAGCACGCUUGUGGCGGGUAGCGUGGUGAUGGCCUUCGAGGAGGUGUGCCCGGAUCGCAUCGACCUGAUCCACAAGAACUACCGCAAGCUGUGCAACCUGUUGGUGGAUGUGGAGGAGUGGGGCCAGGUGGUCAUCAUCUCCAUGCUGACGCGUUACGCCCGCACGCAGUUCGUCAGCCCCUGGAAGGAGGGUGCAUUGUUUGUGGAAAACGACGACAAGACCUUCUACGACUCGGACUCUGAGGAGAAAAAAGAUCUGGCGGAAGAAAAACCUUACAUGAUGGACCCUGACCACCGGCUGCUGCUCCGCAACACCAAGCCGCUGCUGCAGAGCCGCAACACGGCAGUGGUGAUGGCAGUGGCUCAGCUUUACUGGCACCUGGCGCCCAAACAGGAAGUCAACAUGGUUACUAAGUCUCUGGUGCGCCUGCUGAGGAGCCACAGAGAGGUGCAGUAUGUGGUUCUCCAGAACAUCGCCACCAUGUCAAUUCAGAGGAAGGGGAUGUUUGAGCCCUUCAUGAAGAGCUUCUACGUCCGAUCCACAGACACUACGGACAUCAAAACACUGAAGCUGGAGAUCCUGACCAACCUGGCGAAUGAGGCCAACAUCUCCACCAUCCUGAGAGAGUUCCAGACGUACGUGAAGAGCCAGGACAAAGCCUUUGCGGCAGCCACCAUCCAUGCCAUCGGACGAUGCGCCACCAACAUCGCAGAGGUGACCGACACCUGCCUCAACGGUCUGGUGCUGCUGCUGUCCAACAGAGAUGAGGGCGUGGUGGCCGAGAGCGUGGUGGUCAUCCGGAAGUUGCUGUUGACCCAGCCCACCCAACACAGCGAGAUCAUCAAGCAUAUGGCCAAGCUCUUUGACAAAAUCACAGUGCCCAUGGCUCGCGCCAGCAUACUGUGGCUCAUGGGCGAGUACUGCGAGCGCGUGCCCAAGAUUGCGCCCGACGUGCUGCGCAAGAUCGCCAAAACAUUCACAACGGAGGAGGACAUUGUCAAGCUGCAGGCCGUCAACCUGGCGGCCAAACUCUACCUCACCAACUCCAAGCAGACCAAGCUGCUGACCCAAUACAUCCUCAACCUGGGCAAGUACGACCAGAACUACGAUAUCCGGGAUCGCACCCGCUUUAUACGACAGCUGAUCGUGCCCGGCUGCAAGAGCGGCGCCCUCAACAAGUACGCCCGCCGCAUCCUUUUGGCACCCAAGCCCGCCCCCAUGCUCCAGUCGGCUUUCAAAGAUCGAGAUCGUUUCCAACUGGGCACGCUCUCUCACAGCCUCAACAGCAAAGCCACCGGAUACCAGGAGCUGUCGGACUGGCCCGCAGUGGCACCCGACCAGUCCGUGAGAAACGUGGAGGUCAUUGAGCCAGUGAAGGAAUGGGCGCCGCUCGUCGGGAAGACCAAGUCGGCCCAAUCGGACGACAAGUUCUACUCUGAUGAGGACGAAGACAAAAAGGACGACGCCUCUGGCAGCAGCGACGACGACGACGGCAGCAGCAGCAGUGGCAGCAACAGCAGCAGUGAAGGUUCGUCGUCAGAGUCUGGAAGCAGCAGUGACAAAGAGGAUGAGAGCAGUGAUGAGUCCGAUAAGAGCUCCACUGGCUCAGAGAAAAGUUCCAGUGAAUCGGAAAAGAGCCCUCACGAAUCCGAACAGAAGAAAAAGAAAAUGACGAAGAAAAAGUCCAAGAAAGCCCAGGCGGAGAAACGCCAGCAAAACACAUCUGACAGCGACUCUGAUAAAGAUAGUGACGAGCCCAUGCAGGAAGGUAGCAGCUCAUCGGACGAAAGCUCCUCGUCAGAGUCUGUUUCGGACUUGGACUCUGUUUCUGCCGCGAAGCAACAGAGGAAGAACAACCUCCAGCCCAAACCCAAGGUGGAAAGUACGCCCGAGAAGGAAGUCUCCUUGCUGGAUCUCGACGACUUUUUCCCAGCGCCCACAAACACAACCAAGUCCACGGUGCUCUCCUCCAGUUUGCGGUCUGACCUGGAAGGACUUUCGCUCUCUGCCGUCUCUGCCACCACCACGCCGGUGACGAGUCCGUCUUUCGGGCCGGUGAAAAGCUACGAGUUGCUUCACCACAUGACCGGUAAGGGCCUGUCUGCCAAGUACCACUUCCCCCGCCAGCCCUGCUUGUACGGGCGCAGCAUGGUGGCCGUGCAAGUCACGUUGACCAACGGCUGCGAGCGCCCCCUGGAGGAGAUCCACGUCGGAGAGCGGAGCCCCGUUGGCCUGAAGAUUCACUGUUUUAACACCAUCGAGCGUUUGGAUCCGGAGGCCUCUGUGACUGUUUCCAUGGGCGUCGACUUCAAGGACUCCACACAGGCGGCCAACUUUCAGCUGUGCACCAAAGAGGAGCACUUCGGUGUUUCCAUCCAGCCCGCUGUGGGUGAACUGCUGACACCCUACAGCCUCUCGGAGACGGACUUCUGCAAAGAGCAAAGUAAACUCCGGGGCAUGAACGAGACCUCGGCAACUAUCGCCAUGGCGACAACAGGCAUCUCCAAUCAAGCCGUCGCCAAGCGAGUCCUGUCGGUGGCCAAUGUGGGCAUGGUGGCCUCCUCUGAGAGUCAUAUACACAGGUUCGCGGGGCGUACGGUGAGCAGCGAAGUCCUGGUUCUGGUUGUUCUGGAUCUGAAGGAUGAGGCAGGCGACGGCGGCAAGCUGACCGUCAACAGCGAGAAGAGCGUCAUGGCGUCCAUGUUGCUGCGAGACCUCAAACAGGCCCUCACCCAGGCAUAGAGAUCAGCUCCGCCAUAUUUUUUUUCCUCUUAAACCAGUUCCAAGCCACAUUACAAAAAAAACAUUUGCUAAUAUUUCGUAUGACGUAUUAGCAUUGUCCGCAAAAGCAUUGCAGUAAAUGUCCUUGAAAACACACUUUCAACAUAAAACUAUCUAGCCAAGUG